UUUCUUUAAAUUUUUUAAAUUUAAUUUUAAAAUUAAUUUUUUUAUCAAUUAUGUCUUUAUCUUUUGACCAAUUAUUUGAACAUUCUUUAGUGUUGACCAGUCGAGAACCUAAUUUUUUUGAAAAAGUUGAACAUGAAGGGGAUGGAAAAUAUAAAUUGAAAAUGUUGGAGUCUGCCUGUUCAAACAACGAUUUUAUUGACUUUGAACAUUGUCCUUACACAAAAGAUUUGCUCAACAAAUCCAAUUUUAUUUCAAUUCUCAAACUUGGGUGGAAUAAGGUUUAUGAUCAAGAUCCUGAAUUUAAGACGAUUUUUGAUCCGAAAGAUGGGAUUGGAGAAUUGGAAGAACAAUUAUUAGCCGGCCAGUGGAGUCAAACAGCUCGUGGACGUACCAAAAAAUUAGCUCAACACAAAGCUGCUGCAAAUGUUCUUUUGGAUAUAAUUAAAAGUGGAAGACAUAAAGAGUUUUUAAUUCCUGGAAGAAAUGCAGAAGAAGCUUUUAAAUUGAUGUAG